AAAACUAAGUCCAAACUCAAAUUAGCCCUUUUAUUAAUUCAGAGAUGAGACUGAAAUCCCCAACCGAAUAUCGAUCCUUGACCUAAUUGGAAUAUCGAUCCGCAGUUGCUGGUGUUUAGGCUAGUGAAGCGUUGAACUGAAUCACCCUUCUUAGCCAAGUCGCGAAUCACCCUGCUCCUGCCCAUGUUCGGCAUAGUUCUUUGUCAGUUUUUCGAUUUCUCAUUUCCUUCGUUGGAUUUAUGGAUCGCUGGACUGGAAUUCUGAAGGUGCCAUUGUACACAAGCAGCAUCAAAACGUACUACCGGGUUGCGGCGUCCCUCCGCCUAUCUCCUUCUCCCAACACGUUUGCUGUACCUGCUGCAAAUGCUAUAUUUUUCAGUGGAGAUCGAGUUGAAGGGAGUGGGAAUCCUGUAGUUGAGAGACUGUCGGAUUUGCAGAGAGUUGCUGAAAUUUUGAUUUCUAAAUUUGGGGAUACUACCAAUGCUUGGGUGGUCGAACCGCCCAUAUUCAAUGGCCCUUUCGGUGUUUACAAGGACUUCAUCCCUUCAAUUAAUGAUUCUGGAGAGCCAAAAGUUUAUGAGGCAAAGGAGUUCCCAGCAUCUUCAUCUAUGGUCUUGCUCUUGUGGAAUUGCCUGAAAGAGGUAAUUAAUUACAAUAAUAAUAUUGAUAAGGUGGAAUUGCUUGAAAUAAGCAGAAGACUACAGGUUUGCCCCGUCUCCAAAAACAUGUUUACUUGAAAACGCCUUAUAAAAACGAACUGCAAAUUCCAAAGCUCCAAAUCUUGAACUGUUUGUGAUAAGCUAUUUCUUUUUCCUUUAGAUUAUCCUUUUUCAAGAAUAUUCCUGCAUAAAGUAUAUAUUUUUCAAAAUCUGAUGUAACCUUUUAUGAGUUAUUGCCAUCUAUAGCAGACUCUCUCCUAUCGUUUUUGUUCAACACUUCAAUAGCUCUUCCAACAGAUGUGCUUUUCCUAAAUGUACUAUUUUCUGAAAAACAAAUUUUCUAAUAGAGCCUUGGGGUGUGGAUGAAACUGUGCAUUUAGGGUUUGGAAGGGAAGGCUUUAGAGGACUUGGGAUGUUUUUACUUGGAUUGUUUUUAAUCCCAGUUAUAAAAUAAAGAGAGACCAAAAAUUUACCGGGCCAGACCAGUUCAAAGCAAAUCAGACUAAAACAGAGACCUGGUAGACCAAACCAGAAAAUUUCUGUCCAAUUUAAAACAUUCUUACUCUAUAUCUUGAUAUAAAUAUGAUAUUUUAUAAAAUUUAAAGGUUAACAUAAUGAUUUAAUGUUAUCUGACCAUUGGAUUAGCAUUUAAUACUUAUAUCUGACCACAGUGACCAAUGAGAUAUAUAUGUGAUUUUCUCUGACAAUUGUUUCUCUACAAGGCUAAAAAUGUCACUGCAGGGAAGAAGCUAAAACAACCUUUCACUGCUGAGGUGUCCACACUGCCUUCUUAUGACAAACCUAGGACUAUACUCCUAGGUUUUAGUAAGGGCGGGAUCAUACUUAACCAGCUUCUUGCCGAGCUUGCCCUCUCCCCAGCUCACUCCCCUGAAGAUAAAGACCCCCAAGCAAACAAAGACGAGAUCAUACCCACUUCCAAAGAAAGUUUUCUAAACAGCAUAGCCGAGUUCCACUACGUUGAUGUUGGUCUGAACAGUAAAGGAGCAUACAUCACCGACCAAUAUGUGUUUGACAAAAUUUCUGAACGAUUUGAUACAGGAGCGCCUGGCAUUCGGUUUUUCUUACAUGGGACCCCCAGGCAGUGGAAUGAUGUCAGGCGAAGUUGGAUUAGAAAAGAAAAGGAUGAACUCUUUCGACUUCUUGAAGGAGUUGCUCAUAGAAACAUAGGGAGAUUGCAUAUUCGUGAGAGGUUGUAUUUUGGUAACAUGCCCCCAAAUUUGCAGAUGCAUUUUGAAAUCAUUGAGCGUCUGGAUGUUAGCUGAGUUUAUUCCUAUGUUGCAAUUUUAUAAUGCAAGAAAAGAUGUAUAUAGAACAAGAUUAUAUUAUACGUAGUACUUUAUAGUAAUUUUACAAUGUCACAUGUU